ACUCUAGGAACAACAAGUAACCCUGCAUCCUGGGAGCGCAGUGUUCUAGUGGGGUACUAAGAGUUCCUGCAGUUUGGACUUUGUGGAGCUCUGUCAGCGUCUCCAGCUGCUGUGAAAACUCUCCCAUCAGAGCGCUGACUGCCAGAGCUUCUGCAACACUGCCGCCUGCUGCUGACUGGCAGCUCUGCAGCUCACACUGGGUUUCUGCUCUCACGUCACACUGACGUUUCUGGAUUUGGAUUUGAAAGUAUGAGGAUGUGACGGCUGUCGGUCAGAUGAACACAGACACCAGCAGCGUCUGUCAGCGUCUGCAGACGAAGAUAGAAAGUCUCUUUGACCUCAUCUGGAUGUGACUUUAACAGGUGUGGGCUCUGCUAUGAACCAGUGUGAGGAGACAGAGGAGGGAGCCCCCCCCUCUAAAACCACUCUGUGUGGGGAACAUGGCAGCCAGACCAGAGCUCAGAGCCCAGAGCAGCAGCAGAGACCAGACUCUCUUGGACCUGGACCCAGCUGUGUGUCCAUGAAGAGCCACCAGUCCAUGGGUCAUCCUCCAACGUUUAAAGGACGACUUCCUUCAGAGACUCAGGUUCGUCAGCAGAGACCAGACUCUCCUGGACCUGGACCCAGCUGUGUGUCCAUGAAGAGUGACUGGUCCAUGGGUAAACCUGUAAACUUCAGAGAUGGACACCACUCUGCAGAAGAAAGAGUUCAGCAGGUUCCCGGUGGUCAGUCUGUCCAGCAGCAUCCAACAGACCUGGACUCCAUAUUUAUGCAUCUUGAGGAGAACAUUGUCACUUUUGUGAAGAACGAGCUGAAAAAGUUCCAGAAGGUUCUGAGUCUAGAUUACCCAGAAUGCUUAGGGAGACAGAGUGAGGAUGAGGAGGUGGUGGAUGGUAAGGAGGAAGAACAGAAGAGGAGCAGUAGAGAGGCAUUUCUGAAGAUCACACUGCACUUCCUGAAGAGAAUGAAGCAGGAGGAGCUGGCUGACUGUCUGCAGAGCAGAACAUUUGCUGCAGUUUGUCGUCAACUCAAAUCUCACCUGAAGAAGAAGUUCCAGUGUGUGUUUGAGGGGAUUGCUAAAGCAGGAAACCGAACCCUUCUGAACCAGAUCUACACAGAGCUCUACAUCACAGAGGGAGGGACUGCAGAUGUAAAUGAUGAACAUGAGGUCAGACUGAUUGAAACAGCAUCCAGGAAACCAGACAGACCAGAAACAACAAUCAAAUGUAAAGACAUCUUUAAACCCUCACCUGGAAGAGAUGAACCAGUCAGAACAGUGAUGACAAAGGGAGUGGCUGGCAUCGGGAAAACAGUCUUAACACAGAAGUUCACUCUGGACUGGGCUGAAGACAAAGCCAACCAGGACAUACAGUUCACAUUUCCAUUCACUUUCAGAGAGCUGAAUCUUCUGAAAGAGAAAAAGUUCAGCUUGGUGGAACUUGUUCAUCUCUUCUUUACUGAAACCAAAGAAGCAGGAAUCUGCAGGUUUGAAGAGUUCCAGGUUUUGUUCAUCUUUGACGGUCUCGAUGAGUGUCGACUUCCUCUGGACUUCCAGAACAAUGAGGUCCUGACUGAUGUUACAGAGUCCACCUCAGUGGAUGUGCUGCUGACAAACCUCAUCAGGGGGAACCUGCUUCCCUCUGCUCGUCUCUGGAUAACCACACGACCUGCAGCAGCGAAUCAGAUCCCUCCUGAGUGUGUUGACAUGGUGACAGAGGUCAGAGGGUUCAUUGACCCACAGAAGGAGGAGUACUUCAGGAAGAGAUUCACAGAUGAAGAGCAGGCCAGCAGAAUCAUCUCCCACAUCAAGACAUCACGAAGCCUCCACAUCAUGUGCCACAUCCCAGUCUUCUGCUGGAUCACUGCUACAGUUCUGGAGGAUGUGUUGAAGACCAGUGAAGAAGAAGAGCUGCCCAAGACCCUGACUGAGAUGUACAUUCACUUCCUGGUGGUUCAGUCCAAACUGAAGAGCGUCAAGUAUGAUGGAGGAGCGGAAACUGAUCCACUCUGGAAUAAAAAGAGCAGAAAGAUUAUUGAGUCUCUGGGAAAACUGGCUUUCGAGCAGCUGCAGAAAGGCAACCUGAUCUUCUAUGAAGCAGACCUGACAGAGUGUGGCAUCGAUAUCAGAGCAGCCUCAGUGUACGCAGGAGUGUUCACACAGAUCUUUAUAGAGGAGAGUGGACUGUACCAGGACAGGGUGUUCUGCUUCGUCCAUCUGAGUGUUCAGGAGUUUCUGGCUGCUCUUCAUGUCCAUCUGACAUUUAUCAACUCUGGUGUCAAUCUGCUGUCAGAUGAACAACCAACCUCCCGGUGGUCUAAACUAUUUAGAGACAAACCUGAACCAACACAUUUCUACCAGAGUGCUGUGGACAAGGCCUUACAGAGUCCAAAUGGACACCUGGACUUGUUCCUCCGUUUCCUGCUGGGUCUUUCACUGCAGACCAAUCAGACUCUCCUACGAGGCCUGCUGAAAAACACAGGAAGAAUCUCACAGACCAAUCAGGAAACAGUCGAGUACAUCAAGAAGAAGAUCAGUAAGAAUCUGUCUCCAGAGAGAAACAUCAAUCUGUUCCACUGUCUGAAUGAACUGAAUGAUCGUUCUCUAGUGGAGGAGAUCCAACAGUACCUGAGUUCAGGAAGUCUCUCCACAGAUAAACUGUCUCCUGCUCAGUGGUCAGCUCUGGUCUUCAUCUUAUUGUCAUCAGAAAAAGAUCUGGACGUGUUUGAUCUGAAGAAAUACUCUCCUUCAGAGGAGGUUCUUCUGAAGCUGCUGCCAGUGGUCAAAGCCUCCAACAAAGCUCUGCUGAGUGGCUGUAAUCUGUCAAAGAGAAGCUGUGAAGCUCUGUCCUCAGUUCUCAGCUCUCAGUCCUCUAGUCUGAGAGAGCUGGACCUGAGUAACAACGAUCUGCAGGAUUCAGGAGUGAGGCUGCUCUCUGCUGGACUGGAGAGUCCACACUGUACACUGGAGACUCUCAGGCUGUCAGGCUGUCUGAUCACAGAGGAAGGCUGUACUUCUCUGGCCUCAGCAUUGAGAUCCAACCCCUCCCAUCUGAGAGAGCUGGACCUGAGCUACAAUCAUCCAGGAGACUCAGGAGUGAAGCUGCUGUCUGCUGGACUGGAGGAUCCACACUGGAGACUGGACACUCUCAGGGUGGAACAUGGUGGAGAGCAGAGGCUGAAACCUGGUGUGAGGAAGUAUGCCUGUGAACUCACACUGGACACAAACACAGUAAACAGAAACCUCAAACUGUCUGACGACAACAGGAAGGUGACAUUAGUGAGAGAGUAUCAGCCUUAUCCUGAUCAUCCAGAGAGGUUUGACUUCUGGCCUCAGCUGCUGUGUAGAAAUGGUCUGACUGGUCGCUGUUACUGGGAGGUCGAGUGCAGAGGAAGGGCUCAUAUAUCAGUGAGUUACAGAGGAAUCAGAAGGACAGGAAACAGUGAUGACUGCUGGUUUGGGCGGAAUAAUCAGUCCUGGACUCUGAGGUGCUCUGAUGAUGAUGGUUACACUGUCGGUCGCAAUAACAGAAGAACAGUCCUCUCGUCCUCCUCCUUCUCCUUGUUCUCCUCCGUCUCUCACAGAGUAGCAGUGUAUGUGGACUGUCCUGCUGGCACUCUGUCCUUCUACAGAGUCUCCUCUGACAGACUGAUCCACCUCCACACCUUCAACACCACAUUCACUGAACCUCUUUAUCCUGGCUUUGGUUUCUGGUGGUCUAAAAGGUCUGGUUCCUCAGUGUCUCUGUGUUCUCUGUAGGAGGGAGAGUCUCCUCCUGUGUACAGAAACACUCACACUGCUGACAAACACGCCAUCUUUCUGUAAGUCAUACUAACUCAUAAUCAUAAGAGCACAUCUUCUCUUUUUUGUUAAAUGCGCUGCAUGUCUGUGAUUUGAAAUACCUCGAAACACCUUUUUAAAUGUUUUCAUUCAGAUUUGUGGGGUAAAGGUAUAAAGAUGUUAGUUUUAGGUUUUCUUUACUUUAUAUUUCUUUCACACAAAUAAGUACAGUAUCUAUUAUCAAUAAAAUCACACACAAGAAUAUAAAAAUAAGAAUGUUUUUGUUGAUUUACCAGUCCUAUUACUUAUUAUAUAUAUGAUUACAGUUUUCGUAAAAGGGAUGAGUUAUUAGAAAAUGAACCAGUGAUAUAUUUACAAGACUGAAUCAAGUUAUUGUUGUUUAUCUGUCAUGGAUCAUAAAAGCUUGAAAUGUCUUUCAUUUUAAUAAUUUUUACACAGUGUGUCAGUGUUCCAGGGAUAUAAGAACUAUGUUGAUGCGACAUUCUGAGUCUUUAUACUCUCAACAAAUGGACUGAUAGUAGGGAACAUAAAACUAAUAACAUAAAAGAUAGAAAUUAUAUGUAUUUAGUCACUCUAGUUGUUUUAAAUCUCCAUUUGGGUUGAAUAAGUUCAGAGUUGUUAGUACCACACUUCCCAUCAUGCUUUGGGUGAUGCAAACAGGAGUCAGACCAGACUGAGUCCACAUUAAAAGAUCCCCUCCAGACAUUUUCUAAAACACAUAAAAAUAAAUCUGCUUUGAAUAUUUUCUGUCUGAUAGUUUUUCCACAUUGUUCUCCUUUAUUGAAAAAUCUGUGAAUAUGCAAAUGUGUUGGACACAAGAUGUCUCCUACGUCCAUUCUCAUGUGAGCUGGAGGCUUCAGGUUUCCACAUCACCUGCUGAGCCCCGGGAGUGUAGGAGGGUCCUCGCAGCUGAUCUUUUCUGUUGUAGAUGUUGGUGGAGUUAAGAUUGUUAUAUUGGUCUGUGUGAGUGGGUUUCUUGUACACUGUGGUCUUUAUGCUUCUGUCAGCCUUCAAAUGAACAUGAAGUAUCUAGAAACAGCAGCUCAUCAUCCUCUUCCUGAGCUCUCGUGAACCUGAUGAAGAUUAAAGCUUCAGUACUGGAGCAGUGUCGUUUGGUGAAAGUGACAUCCAUGUACUGGUACCAGAUGACAGGUAGUGUAGAAGUCAUUGCUGAAGCAAUCUACAAGUUAUCUUCAGUGGGGGAGGUUGGUACUUUGCUUGUAAAAAUGUCCUUUGUACAUGAAAUCUGUGGUGUCAAACUCUAGUAGUUCAAAGUAUCCUCAUUCAACAGUUAUUGAUAUCUUACGAAAAGUAAUGCACCAUUUUUCGUGCAUAAUCCUACAAAUAUUUUUGUGAAACGGUCAUUGUUUGGUUAGGUUUAGGCACAAAAAUUACUUGGUUAGGUUUAGGAAGAGCUCACGGUUACAGUUAAAAUAAGUAAGUUACAUUAGUAACUCACAGUUAGUCACGUGACAAACACGUGACUUACGUAGGUUACGUAACUUUUUACAUAAAUUAAAAUACAUUGACUUUUGGUUUCAUACGGGACACAAACCCCUGUCUCCCUGGUGAACGUCCUGUGUUUGAACCAUCCGUCCACCUCCUUACACUUUGACGCUCUUUAUACUUCUUCGUCUGACUUCCUCCUUUGAUCCCAUCAUAAUUACUGAGGCCACUAGAGGUCACUGCCUAAUGAUAAAUGUAACUGCCUCGUGGCUCCCUAUUACGUGGGUUAUAUACGAAUUAUAGUGCAUUAUUUUUCGUAGGUAUAAGUACAAAUAGUGAAUGAGAACAGCCUCAGUAGUUGCAUGAUCUGAUCCAGGUGAUCGGUUCUAUCUUGUCAACUGAGUUCCUGUGUUAGCUGCUGUCUGAAGACCUUCACUGCUUCCUCAGUGGGGAUACGAGUCUCUGUGAGGGGAGAACUUUAAGUCCUUCACCUUCUUCAUCGCCUUCAAAUAUACCACCCUGGUAAACACCCUUGGUGAGAGGGAAAGGCUGAAUGGCAGGACCUUGAACUGAUAGGUUCGUUGUUGGAAGGCAAACCAAAGAAAAGGUCUGUGGUCUGGACAGAUGAGCAUGUGUAAGUACGCAUCUUGUAGGUCUAUAGAAGUGAACCAAUCCCCUUUUUCUAUAGACUCCAAGAUCUGACCUGUGUUCAGCAUUUUGAACUGCAGGACCUUUAUGAAGGCAUUUAACUGCCUUAGGUCUAAGAUGGGACAUAAUCCACCAUGUUUUCUUGGCAAGGAAAUAUGUAGAGUAAAAGCCAGCAAGCUGUUUGUCGGCACCUACUGUCAUUAUCGCAUCCUUCUGCAGAGGGGUUAAAAUCUCCUCGGCCAAGACUUGAGCCUGCACUGGGUCCCUGACCAUGGUCAUACGGACCCCGGAGAAAGGAGGGGGACACUGCCGAAACGGAAUUCUGUACCCUUUUGAUACUGUGCCAGUGCCAGUACCCAUGGGUCUGACAGUCUUGCUUCCCAGCUGGCCAGGCAUAGCUGGGAAUGAGUUUUGGUGACCAUCCCCACACCCUUAGGUGGCACCCCCCUGAGGUCCUGAACCUUUGGGUGGGGGGCACUUCUUACGGGUGGAUCUCUGGCAGAAGGGCAGAGCUGGAACCCUUGCCGAGGUUGUGAUGGCUGUUUGGUACCACUGCAGGAGGCCGAGAACCCUGCCCCCUGUCGCCUGCCAUACACCCAUGGCUCUGGACGAGCCCAAGAGGAUUGGUACGGAGGUUGGGAGAUGUGUGCGCUGAACACUAUCCCUUGUACACAGAGACUGUUCAGCCUUAUCCAACACACCCUGGGAAUCGGGGUGAAACACUUGCGCUGGCACAAUCUGCAUGUUGGUAAAUAUGCGUUAACCAGAUCUGCCUUCGUGACAUCAUGGCAGAUGACAUAGUCGCAUCAAUGUACUUUGUAAGCUGGGAAUGAGUGACAAGGGUAGACUCUAUCAGGCUCAUGGUGUCCUGGUCCUCUGUAUUGGCUAUUCUUCUGAGUGCUGCCAAUAAAAUGGCGAGUGAAUUGCCUGACCGGGCUGCUCGUGUGGCUGCAUUGUAAGUCCGACACACCAGUCGGUCAGACUUAUCGCUCUCUAUCGCUGGACACUGUGGAUUAGCAGUCACCCGCUCUGCACCCAGAGAUGUUAAGGCUGCCAUCUCCUGCUCAACAGUUGGCAUAUAUCCCCCAUUCUAGUCUCAGGAGCAUACUGGACCUUAGUUAGUCUCUGGAAAAUGAUCUCCAGCCACAGGAACAUAGACUGUUUGCUGGGACUCAGAAAUGCCUUCCUGUUGAAGAAAAAUUGGUAGAAGAGAUGUCCUCAAUUGAAUACACUCGAUGGGCCUCAGUUGUCAUUACAUGACUAUAAGUUUAUAACAAACAAAUCUGUCGCCAGAGAAGCAAUGUGGCAGCGUGUACACAGGGCACAGCCUACACAGAACUUAGCUUGCAUGGAAAUGCAUUCAGUUCUAACAGAAAGAGGUAGGUACAUACAGAUCAUAAAUCAGUAGACACUUCUGAAGCAGAGAGACUGCAUCAGUGUGUGUAACUUUAAUCAGAACAGGAGGAGUCCAACAGAUUACCCCAAGGCCCACGUUAUCAACAACCUCAGACAUCAGACUCCUGUUAACACAAAACAACAUAAACGUAUGGUCUUAGUGUCUCUCUUGUGAAAACCAUUUGUCAGACCAAGUACCACACAUUCUAUUACACCCGUAAACCUUUAUGUAACUCCACAUUCUCCCACAAUGCCAAUACUCCAUCCACUUGAGCCGGAGUCUCAACUGGAAUAUUGAGGCCCACAAUUUCUGCCGCACUCAUAACCUUUGAGAAGAUGUCCAUGGCUGAGGGCUCACUGUCACCCGUGUUGCCAAAGUUGGACACCCCCUCAAAUUGUGAGGAUUUGAGCUGUUCUGACCCAUCAGACUGCUCAUCGCUUCCAAAAGGGGAAAAUCGAGCCUAGAGAGAGAGAACAUCAGGUUGCUCAGUAUUCUCCUCCUGAUCAGAAGGUAACCCGUCAGGGAAGGAUCCCUUCAAAUGUUCAGACAUGGUUCUUGUAACAGGACACUGGGCCUUUCAAUUCUACCCAAUUUCUCUGACAGACCAUGCAUGGCAGCUAGGAUUUGUAGCUGAGUGUCGUCCUGCUGACUCUGAACUUCCAGCUUGGCUAUGUGAAGGCUGGAGAGUGUGUUUUUUUUUUUACCUGGUCUCCGCCCCUGUCCACAAUCACGGGUGUGCUCAUGUCUGCGCUUCCAGGCAUGUUUUCUAGAAGUGUGUCACCUGUUGGAACAAAAUGUAUAUAAGUUAUCCCAUUUAUGUUUUAUUCUCAGUAGCUCGCUAUAAAGUUCAGCUAAGUGCUGUGUGUGUGUGUGUUAUUAACCUUGUGCUGUGAGAAAACAGGAAUCACUCCCUGCCCGCACCAGAUGGUCUGAGGAGACGUGGCUGAUCUCAAGGCCGCUCUCACGAGAUAAACCGGACAACACCGCUUUGUUUUUUUAUGUAGCAGUAUACACUUCCCCCACUCCUUAGCAAACUAUGUAACAGGGAAAACUCCCUAAGCUGAAUAAAGAGAGGAGGCUGCAUAGAUGCACUUCAGAGCGAGUAGGAGAUGUAAUUGAAUGCAUCUAUGCUUGCUCUCCUCGCGAGUAAAACUUAA